AUGCAUAUCAAAGAGGUGAAUCUGUGGCUUGUGGUGAUUUUUUGCCUAUCACUAUUCAAAGGAGAAGGAAUAUGGAACCAUAAACAAUUAAAUUUACAAUGGCGAGACUAUGCAGUAGAGAGUAUUUCACAUUUACAGUUGGGAUUACAAAACCAAGGAAAAAUUACAAGUAUGUUAAAUCCCCUAAGAAUUAAGGCCAAUCAAUUAAAUUCGCUAGAACAACAGUUUUCUUCUCAAGUCAAGCCCAAACUAUAUACGACAUCUAAAGGUAUAAAAGUUCUACUGGUUUCUGACAAUACAAUGCUAGAAUCAGCUUUUUCAUUUGGAGUUGGAUGCGGAUAUUAUCAGGAUCCGGAUAAUUUGGCAGGAUUGGCUCAUUUGAUGGAACAUGUCGUGUUUUUGGGGAGCCAAGAAAAUCCAAACCCGGUAGGUUGGGAUGAGUUUCUACUAAAAAAGGGAGGUGCUUCUAAUGCUUACACAUCUGCUGAUUUGACGGUAUUUUAUGUAUUGUCGUCUCCAAGAGAGUUAGAGUCUGUAAUGAGUUACUUUACCAAUAUGUUUGUGAACCCUGUAAUAGAUGAAAGGAGCUCAGUUUCUGAAAUUGAUGCAGUCAAUCAAGAACACGAAAAAAAUAUCCCAAACAAGGUUAGAGUAAUAAUAGAGCUAGCGAUGUAUUUGGCCCCAAAAGAGUGCCCUGCUAGGAAAUUUGGGACAGGAAGCAAAGAAACCCUCUAUAUUAAUUCAAAAAAGAACAACAUAAAUCUUAAGGAUGCUCUAAAGGAGUACCAUGAAAGUUGUUAUACUAGUGACAAUGUCUCAAUAGUAAUCAUGGGACCUCAAUCUAAUGAGCAGCUAGCCAAGAUAGCUGAUAACAUUGAUAAGCUCUUUACUAGUUCUAGAAAAGCUACUAAAGGAAUAUCUAAAAUAACUAACACUGUUAAUAGCCGUUCUGUCUCAAGAGGAGCAUUUAAGAAUCAACAUUCUCUUGCUCCAAGUAUUUCAAGCAUUUUUGAGAGUUCUGGUAGUAAGAAGUCUAAUAUCGGGAUUACUUCUGCUGGUGGGAUUACUUCAAAAGAUGGUGAUUCAAUUAGUAAAGAGACUGAGCAAAAUUUAGAUAAAAAUACUUCAGCAAAUAUAGAGAUUGAAGUUGUGAGAAUGCCAAGAGGAAAUUCUUCUCCACCUUUUGUUGUAAUUUACUGGGAUUCAGUCUCAGAAUCACUGAGUAUUUUAAAAGAGAAUGCAGAGUGGCAAAUGUUAAAGUUAAUUCAAUACUUUUUUGAAGAUCAGAGUCAAAACUCAAUUGCAUCUGAAUUAAAGAAAAAGAAUCUGGCUACUGCUUUAGAAUACUUUGAUAAUACUAGCACCCAAUACUCAAUUUAUGGUUUACUGUUUACUGCAAUUGAUGAUUCUGACGAAACAACUUCAGAAAUAGUAAAACUAACAUCAGCUUAUAUGAGUAGUUUGAUAGAACAAAUAAAUAGUGAGGAUGAAAGAUGGAUCCAAUCAUUUUAUAAAAACUACACAAACAUGGCAAAUAUCAAAUACGAAUUUGAUGAGGAAAGAGAUACUGCAGGAAUAGUGUCUCAGGCUGCUGAGAGUUUAUUAAUAUUUCCAGAUGAGCCAGAGAUGGCACUUUCUGCUUUUGUAAAACCUGUUUCUUUGAACAAGGAUUCUGGGCUAAGCAGUGCACAGAUGGAAGCUUUAAAAAAGUUCGUUAAACAUUUAGAACCUUCGAAAAUUAAGGUAAUUAAGCUUUCAGAUUCCAUCGAUAAAUCUUCUGAAAGCAAAUCCACAUUUGAACCGUACAAAACCGAGUACUCAAUAUCCAAAAUUUCAGUUGAAGAUCCAAGUAAGACUUCUGAUAACACCAAAGUAAUAGAAUCUACAAAUAAGAUUGCGGAUCUUUUGACAUGCGUUCCUGAAGAUCUUGAGAUUAUUUCGUUCUCAAGAGACAAAUGUCCCAAGUAUAAAAGAUUUGAAAAUGAAAUUAAAGAGAGACAAAUUGGAAAUGAGCUUCAACCAUGCCCUAUAUUAGAAGAGGAAGGACUAAGCAUUUUCUGGAAAGGACCAAUUCACAUGGUACCUACAAUCAAUUUGACCUUAGUACAAAGAUUAGCAAAUAAAGAUAUCUCAAAUAAUGCUAGAAUAGCCUUAUUGGGGAAGUUACACGCUCAAUUACAAACCAGUAGAAUGGAGUAUAUAUUAUCCAGUUUUAAGUUAUGCGGUUUAGAAGCAGAUAUUAAUUAUAGUAGAGGCAGAUUUAUCAUUAAAGUCCAGUCCUACAGCUCUAAUUUUGAAGAUAUUAUUAAAAAUCUAUCCAAUUAUUUGAUCAGCGAAAGCAGGCUACCAACAAAGGCAGAGUUUGAAGGUGCAUUAAGCAAUUUGAAAUCUGAAAUAUUAAAUUUGAGUAAUUUUAUGGCUUAUGAUAUAGCAUCAGAAGUAGCUCAAAGUGCAUAUCUCUCAAACUACUAUUCCAAAUUACAGCUUCGUGAUUCUCUCCAAAAAACUGAGAUUUCAUAUGAUGAAUAUUUGGAGAAGACAAAAAGUGUAUUUUUGAUCGGUUACUUUGAUGCUCUUAUUGUGGGUAAUAUUGGUUCUGAAAAGGCUAUAAAGCUUGGCUUAAAUUUGAUAGAAUCUUUGGCGAACAAAAAGAUUUCAUAUUCAGAUUCAAUUCAUGAUGGUAUUUUGGAUAUUUCGGGGGAUAUACAUAUUAAAACUAAUAAUCCAAUUUCUUCAGAUAAGAAUAAUGCAGUAGUAGCUCACUAUCUGACUCCACCGGUUGAUUUGAUUGAUGUUUCUGUGUAUUCUUCAAUUGGAGAGAUACUUAAUUCGCCAUUUUAUGACAUUUUAAGGACAGAGUGGCAAGAUGGUUACGUUGCUUUUGCUACAACAAAAUAUGAAACUCCAAUAAUCUCUUUAAUAGGAGCUGUCCAAAGUGCAGAGAAGUUAUCUGAAACUUUAGUAUGUCAUUUAUUCUCCGCUUUAGAAAAAGUAUCAAAAGAUGUUGAGGAAGAUUUAAAGGAAAUCUCCAAGUCAGAGUUUGAAGACAAAAUUAGGUGGUUUGGCUUAUCUAAAUAUUCAAGCCAGAAGUUGAACUCCUUCAUCCAAUAUGUUGAGCACUACGGUAAAAUGAUUGCUAGUCACGAACUUUGUUUCGAGAAGAAUAAGUUGAUUGAGAAUGCUACCCAAGUUUUUGUAUCUGAGCCAAAUGUUUAUAUAGAGAAACUUAAUAAGUUAAUAAAGCCUUCAAGUUCUAGGAAGUUAGUCAUUGUUGAGUUAAUUGGAAAUACAAACCCAGGUGAAAAGGGGAAUGAUGGAAAACUUGUAAGUAUAGCUAAUGUGGAUGAACCUCCAACAAAUGAGGAGUGCAAAGAGAUUCUGAAGUCAGAGAUGGGUAAAGUAACUCUUAUGGAUGCUAUUUCACUCCAGUUAAAUUCUAGUGGCUCUAGCAAUGGAAAACUCAGAGCAUCCAGAAAUAACAAUUCAAAAGAUGAAACCAAAUAUAGAAUAUACGGUUCAGACAUUCAGUGCAACGUUUCCGAAGAUAAUGCAAGCUCUGCAAGUGGAAAAGAUUCAAAAGAGGUAAAGAGCAUGCUAAGCCUAUUUGGAAGGAGAUUGUCAUCUAUGGGAAGUUAUAGUCAGAGCAAAGCCAACAUAAGUAUAGAAAGUUCUAUCGGAAACAAAAAAAAUUCAAAUUCUGCUGGUACAAAUAAGAGAUCUUCUUGCAAUUACAGCAAGCUUUGA